GUUCUUAGGAGGCUCUUUUACAAUUUGGCUGUGAAACGGUGAGCAACACGCGCUACGCAUGUUAUAUUGUGAAUAAUAAAUCAGUGGGAGGAAGAAUAUAUUUAUAACCAGCUCAUUAAACUAUUACUACACGUUUACUGAAUACCAAAUAAAAUUCCAUAAAUAUGCACAUAAAUACACAAACAUAUGUACAAGUGGCAAGAGAUUAAAAUAAAUAAAAAAAAUUCAUUAAAGUUCGAACAUUCCCUGUCCACAAAAGACAUAGCAAACAAAUAUUCCACCGUCUAAUCACAAGCGUUAUAUAUAGAAUUGUAAACACAAAGUUGCGCCAAAGAUAUAUUUUUUGUGUACAAAACAGAAAAACGCAGUGUUUUAGCCUUCGUAAGUGGUGUUAGCAAUAUAUCAAAUUAAAAAAAAGCUACAUGCUCGUAGCACAUACAUACCAAACAGCCCAACUACAAAAACAGCAACAUCAGUACAAUAAGCAAGCGCUGGACAGUCGACAGCAAGCAACAAACUACAACAACAGCUGAGGCGCCCAAUUGGCCCCAGUUGUCAUACCCACCUGCGGCGUAAGUGAACGCUCUAACUUCGCGCGUGUCUAACUAUAGCACAGAUCAGGCUAAAAAUAGCGCACAACGCGGACAGCAGCGCUAUUAUACGACAAGGAAUUCACUGGCUUACGAUAAUAAAUAUACAUCUUAUAGAAGUUAUUCAAAUACAAAGUUGCAAGCAGUAGGACGUCAAGCAACACCAGCCACGCUCGAAAUAACGACCGCUUGCGCUCUGUGGCUAAGGCAGUUGUUGGAUGUUUGCUAAAGAUAGCCGCCGCGGUUAGCGUAGAUUAUGCCGUAGGCAAAAAACAGGUCGAGUCCAAAAAUAGUCAUUUGUGGUGUUAAUCGAUGUAAGUGCAGUCAUAUAGCAAGACCAAAGAUAUAAAACACCAGCACCACCAUCAACAGCAGUGGGCAGCGAACAGCAGUGAUCCCUGCAUUUGAACAGACAUAUCUACAUACGUACUUACAUAUGUGGGUAAAUUUAAAUGCGAGUGGCUGCAACAAAAACAAAAGCAGUAAUAAUAAUAACAUCGGUAGCAGUAUAGUGGAAAAUCGUAACCUAGAGAAGACUCCAAAGCGCCACACUCACGAUCGUUGCGACCAGAGCGAUGCUGAGCUCACACCGAAACAGUGCGAUUUGCGCACCAUACCGCCAAAAAAGUCAACGACAUACUACGUAAAUAAAGUUUGGUAUUUUUCGGUGGUGAUACUGCCAGUCAAGCAACUUAUCGCUGAAAAAGGAAUUAAAUUACAAAACUUAUUUUAUAAAAAUUGUAUAAAAGGAUAAGCGUCCUGCAAGAAAACAAAAAAUUUCAAAUAUUUUUCAACUGCUAGUGAUGUGCAACUUAUGAUCUUCAAUUACAUCGUAUACUCUACAAAAAAUUUGGCUAAUAUCGUUAAAAUUUUAACUAUUAAAAAGUUCCUGAAAAGGUGAUUUAAGAAAAAAAAUUUUAUUAAAAAAGAAAGCAAAAACAGUGCAGCAAAACUGAAAUACAAAAAAAAAAGAACUGAGCUCAAUAAACUUCAAAAAAUACGACGAAGCCUUCAGCAGUCGAAAAAGAAGACAUCAAUUUGUGUGAUUUUGUCUACAGGCAAAUAAUGUUUAGGAAUAACUUAAGCACUCAUAUUCGCAGCAAUCAAACAACAACAAAAACAAAAAAUGAUGUUCCCUCAAUAUUCCGCGAGUUUUCCUAACCUGCUAUGCCUUAGCCUGAUCGUCAUCAGCCUAGUGUUUUGCCUGGACCUAUCAUCGCACUGUACAGAAGCUCAACCUCUGCUUCCCGGUGGUGGCAGCGAUGUAGAGUUCAAACGCUACUGCAGCACAAAUCUCUCUGAUGCCAUUCGUCUAAUAUGUGGCGGCAGGUAUUACUCGCUAUCUCGAAAGUUUCCCGAUAGUGUCGGCAUGGGCCAUGUAUCCAGCCUGAAACGAUUAGCCGGCGAGGAUGGUGAAUACCGACAACCAUUUCAAGGUGCCAUACACGAGUGUUGUCGGCGUCCAUGCGGCUACUCGGAACUCAAGUCAUAUUGUGACCCCGAUUACUGACCCUAGAUCAUGUGCGCACAUGGCGUAUUAUCGAUUAGCAAUAACUUUGCGCAGUUAUUCUCACACGAAUUUCAAAUCAUCUCUUAGCAUUAACCUCAUGCAUUUGAAUCAUACGAAUUUGUUUUAACGGUUUUAGAUAUAAUACUGAACCCUUAAAGUUAUGCUUUAGACUAGGUAUUAAAUGUCUCGGAUAAAAUGUGUAUAUUUUAAUUAAUUGUUAUUAAAAUAUCAGUUACUCAUAGUAUAUAAGUACAUAUGUACAACUAAUUGUAUGUAUACGUGCUGUACAUCAGUAGUUAUGCUUAGUAAUAAAAGAAGCGGAAUUUUAGGGUUUAUAAUGCGACCCAUGUGAUAUACAUAAGUACGUGAAGUUAAAUUAUUCUUGUGAAACAAUGACGAAAACAACGAAAACAAUAUCCAAAAGCAAAUUGAAUGGAGAUCGGUGGUCGGGCGAAUGAUUUUGCCGAUUGAAAUCUACAAUCAGAUGGAAGCUGCAAUUCUUCAAGAAGAAAGAACCGAAUGAUUGCACGUUAUAUUGUCAAAUAUAAAUACAUAUACACGUAUGUAUUUACUGUGUAUGGAUAAAUAUUAAAAACCUGGCUUGUGUUGUUUACAAAUUUUAUACUACGAGUAUUUGUUGAGAUUAACGAAUAAAUUAUUUGUUUUGUUUUACUUCUACUAAAACGCAUUAUUUCUAGUUAAAUUGAUUUUAGUCGAAUU